AUGGAAGCGAAGAAUCUUCUUAACGAGUUCAUGCUGUUCAAAAGUAAACCAAAUCCGACAAAUGAAGAGAAGAUUGAAGCCCAAACAGUUCUUCAAACUCUCUUCACAUACAUGGCGGAGUCCGGUGUAAGUGACCAGGCCAUCGUUAAUUUUUUUGAUGAAGAUGUGGGUCCACAAGCCGUUCAAGCUAUUAAUGAGAUUGCGAACGGUUACAGGAAGUUUAGUGAGCAAGUAUGUUUGCAUGAAUAA